ACAUUCCACGGCCCUUGGUCCAAGUCGCUCUCCGCAUUCAAAAAGUCCGUGGAAUCCAUGCCAUCGCAAUACAAACCCGCCUUUGAUUCCGCUUCCAAAGCCACGCUGGACAAGAUCUGCAACCCAGAGGUACUUCACGUAUGGGAGUCUGAUUCGGAUAUAGACAGCCUGCUGCAACUCACGUCAGUCAUUGCGAAGCUGUGCGAUCUGGGCGUGCGGCAGAACAAAGGCGCGAACGCGAGCGACGGCAGCAUGCUGAUUAUUGCCGAGGAAAGUGGCAGCAGGAAUAAUUUCAGUCGGAUUUGCAUGCUGGUCGAGUAUCUGACUGGCGCGGAGGCGAAAAGACAUCUCGAUGGCACGGUUGCGGUGUACAGCAAGAUUGUGGUGGUCAGGGGCUGGGACAACAGUGUACUGAGUGGGCAGAAAGAGGCGCUUGACAAGACUGCGAAAAGGAUCAAUACAGCUCUCGAGCGCGUGCUCAAGAUGGGCGGGUUCCACGGCGACAGCAAGAAAGUGGUGUGGCAUCACAACGCAGUGAUACCAUUCCUCCUGCACUGGAUCAACACGACGACACCGGCGUUGCGAGCCGCACUCUCUGCAAUCACCGUCACGGGGUCUCUGGAUUUCACAGCUGGAAUCGCGCCGUCUGCGGCAGGCCGCGCAAACAAGCUGGCGCAUCUGGAGCGCCUCGAGCAAUAUGCGAAGAAACUCGACGUCCCCGUUGUCUUUGUCGACUCGGCGUCGCAGCUCAUCAGCUUUGCCUAUUUGGGCACUUAUAUGUAUUACCACGCCUACUACAUCAACACGCUGCUACCGCCCGCGCUGUCCCGCCCGCACCUCCACAAGGCGCAGGACGAGCUGCUCGCGUUUGCCUUCCGGCUGCGCGCCGCCAGCGACCACCAGUACGGCGGCGCGGCCGUCAAAAUGGUGCAGCGCCAUCUCGACGCCCGCAUAGCAAAGCCCUGGGCGCGCCUCUGCAUCACCAACGAGACGUACGACAAGCAAGCGUGCAGAGCCGCCGCCAAAGACAACGCGAUCCAUCACGCCGUCCAACUCGCCGACCACCCUUUUGCCCUGCUCUCCCACAAGCCCAGCCCCAGCCCCAGCAAAACAAACAACACCAUCCCGGCCUUUGCCCGUCUCGCUCUCGGUCCUGCGUCCGCCUCCCCACAUACCACAUACACGGCCGCCCCUAUCACCUUCUCUUUCCGCACCUCGCAGCUCCGCCCUGCAAGCCCCGCGACCCUGCACCUGCUCAUCCCGCAGCCCGGCGUCGACACGGACAAAAUCACAAGCCACAUCCAGGGCCUCAUGAUGGCGGUGCUGGAGCGCGUCCGCCAGGAAAAAGGGAAUCCCGUGCUGGCCGAGCCCGAGAGCAACAUGUGGCGUGCUGUCGUCACCGCGUGUACUUGGGCGUUGGAGGCGAAGUUGCCUGCCGAGGUGCAGGCGAAAGUACGGUUUGUGAGGGAUAAGUUGAAGGGCGGGACGUGGGGGUUUGCUGUG